AUGGCCCGUUCAAAGCAGACAGCAAGGAUGUCAACCGGGGUACAGGCUUCCUGCAACCAAUUGCCAAUAAAAGUAACUGCACCAGAUCUGCCACCCACAGGUGGAGUGAAGAAACCCCACAGGUUCAGGCCUGGCAGAGUUGCCCUCCAUAAGAUCCGGAAAUGCGAGAAGAGCACUGAACUCCUCAUAAGAAAUUUCCGCUUCCGGAGGUUCAUCCGGGAGAUUGCUCAGGACUUUAAAACCGAUCUGCACCUCCAAAGCUCCGUCAUUGCUGCACUGCAAGAGGCAUUGGAGGCAUACCUGAUGCGGCUCUUUGAAGACUCCACUCUCUGUGCCAUCCAUGCCAAGAGAGUUAUCAUCACCCGGAAGGAUAUUAAGCUUGCUCGCCGCAUCCGAGGCGAAAGAGCAUGAUUAUCCAAAGAUUUUUAAUUUCAGUUAUCCCAGUACCAUGUAGUAGUUUUGUU